GGAAGAUGGGUGAUCGUUAUAAUAUUCACAGUCAAUUAGAGCAUUUGCAAAGUAAAUAUAUCGGAACAGGUCAUGCUGAUACUACCAAAUACGAAUGGCUAACUAAUCAGCAUCGUGACUCACUAGCCAGCUAUAUGGGGCACUAUGAUAUGCUCAACUAUUUUGCAAUCGCCUUAAAUGAAACUAAAGGACGUGUUAGGUUCGAUUUAAUGGAGAGAAGUUUGCAGCCUUGUGGUCCACCUCCAGAAAAGCCAGAAGAUUAAAUUUCUUUGUUAAACUUUAUUACAAAU